UAAUUAGUGCAUUGUUGUUAUUUUUUUUACUUUAUCUUUCUCGAUAUUUUUCCCUGUGGAAACGCAUAUAAACGAAAAUUUCAAUCACAAGAUUAAACAUAGUGUAAUGGUCGUUAGUUCUAUUAAUUCAACGGCCAACUAAUCACAAUGCAUCGGUCCGAGUCUAAAAAACGUGAAGAAGAACGAAAACAAAUCAACGAAAUUUCGAAACAACCUUUACUAACCACUCUUGAAACAGAAGAAACUUUGACUAAACUUCUAUCUGCUCUACCCUACGAUGAGAAAGAUAUCACCAAGCAUGCAAAAAUAAUUUUGGAACAAUACUCGUACAGUCAACAAUUUAAACUGUUAACUAACGACAAUUUCGAUAAAGUUUUUGAAAAUGUAGGAAUUGAAACGAAACCAACUUUUGUAAUAUUUGAGAAACAGAAAAACCGCUGGGUUGUAUUCUGUUUAACUCGUCAAGGUGAUGUCAAUUUAAUACUGUACAAGGACUCAAGUGGUGGUGAUGUUCCUUCAAAACUUGAAGACGAGCUAAGAAAACAUUUUUCGUCAAUGGAAUUUGUUGUACAUAACGGACGAGAGCACAAAAUAGACGAGGAUUAUAAUUACGGACCAUUCUGUCUAAGAAAUUUACAAAUAAUGCUUGAUUUUUUGAAGAAAACGCCAACCAGUUUAGUUGAAGAAUUUUCAAAAGCCAAGUUUUGUCAAACUAGUGAUGUAAACCGCGACAAAAUUAACAACGUGAUCAAUUCAACUCUGGAUUUGUCCAAAAAUGACAAUUUUAAGACCGCUUUGAAGGAAUUCAUCAAUAAAUUACCCUUGGACUUAAGUUCCGACAUUAUAAGUUACCAGAAAGUGUUGGAGGAAGAGCUGGAAAAAGGGGAAAACGUUGACCAUGACAAGAUUAAACAAGCACGCCUCAAGUUUCUGAAUGAAGGAAAUAUCAAGAAGUUACAAGACAACUACAAGUUACAGAAGACAGAAUCAGAAGGAGAGUACGAACUAGAAAUCCAGAAAAACUUUCCCAAAGAAAUGGAAACCCUGCGUAACAUUUUUACGACUCUUGAAAAAAUCAAAGUCGAUAAACAACUGUUUGAUGCUUUGGAAAACAUCAGUUUGAUUUUAAACAUCGAUUGUGCAAAAAUGAAAUCAUUUUAUGAAGCUAGACUUCAAAACGAAGAAAAUGAUCACGAAGAGAAGCUCGUUCCUGAAGAUAUUGACCACAUUGCUGAAAAUCUCCCAACAGUGAAGACAGAUCCAGCGGACGAUUGCACACCUUUGGACAAGCUCCUUGCCGAAAUUACGAUCGGAAUGGAUCAAGAUGAUUCAAAUCAAAAAGAUUCGGCGCUUCAAGGAGACAUCCAUCAAAUUGAAGCAAAAUACAACCUAGUUCAAAGCAAGUAUGAAGCUUGGAAAAACAGCACAGUCAAAGAAAUCCACUCGUGGGCAAGAGCAAAAAAAGAUCUUUUGGGCACAAGUGACGAUGAAAUUUGCGAAACUAUCGCCAUAGCCAACCGAGCUUUCAAUUUGCUGACUGGUUUCAGUCUCCGCAACACUCAGAUUCUAUCAGUUUUGGUUUUCUUUCAUGGAUCGUCUAGUCAAGGUCGAUUGUGUCAAAUCAAAACUGGGGAAGGCAAAACCGUUAUCAUUUCAUUGCUUGCUGUUAUCAGAGCGCUUCAAGGUUGGACGGUUGAUGUCAUUACCAGCAAUCCACUUAUGGCAGCUGAUGGUGUUGCAGAAACGAGGAGAUUCUAUUCCGUUUUCAAUCUCACAGUUUCGACUAAUAAUCCCGGAGGAGGGGAUUUCAAGCUUGGUUACAGUGCUGAUGUUCUCUACGGCACUAUUAGUAAUUUCCAGUUUGAUUAUCUCAAAGACAGUUUUGAAGGUUACAACAUUCGAAAUGGCAGAAAAUUUGGACAAGUCAUUUUGGACGAAGUCGAUAGUAUGUUGGUUGACAAUGGGGGACAUAUUGCCAAGUUGGCAUCACCGUUCCCUGGGAUGGAGUGUCUAAGGUACAUCUAUAUCAACAUUUGGGAACAGUUGCAGAAGGCGGAAGACAGUUUUGCUGGAGAAAUUCAAGAGAAAAUUGCCUCGAUUUUGAAACUGGGUGAUAAGGAGGAAGCAAGGCUACAGUAUGACAAGUUGGUGGAAGAAGCGGUUUCGCAGGAGCGAAAAAUCAUCAAAGAGAAAAUCAAAGCCAGUAAUCCAACCGACGUGUGUUUGAUUCCCCAACACUUGAAGGAAUACGUCACGGAAAAGUUGGACGUCUGGUUGAAAAACGCACUUCAUGCCAAAUACAACUGCCACGAACACCAGCAAUACCGCAUUAUGACAAACGACACCGGGGAACAAGUUGUUACACCAGUUGAUUACCUCAACACUGGAGUUACUUUAAGAAAUACAAUUUGGUCCAAUGGCUUGCACCAGUUUGUGCAACUGAAGCACAACCUUUAUUUGACCUUUGAAAGUUUGACUAGUAGUUUCAUUUCGAAUAUUGGCUACAUUAAGUGUUACGACGACAAAAACAUUUUUGGUUUAACCGGAACUUUGGGUUCCCGGGCCGAACAAGAACUCCUAUCCAGUAUUUACAACGUCAACUAUGCCAAACUACCAACCUACAAGGAAAAAAGAUUUGAGGAACUCCCUGGUCUGAUUUUUGACGAUAGUUCCUGGCCGGUCAAACUCACCUUACAACUUUUGGAAAAAAUCGAUGAAGGGAGAGCCGUUCUGGCCAUUUUUGAAACAGAGGAAGACCUCCUAAGCAUCAGGAAGAAUCUAGAACUGGUCCAAACUGGCGAUUUCCGCAUUCGAAGCUUCGCCCAUGAAGAAAACGCCCAAGAAACUGAGGAACGGGUCAAAGUGGGUGACAUUAUCCUAGCCACUAAUAUCGCCGGUCGUGGUACGAAUUUCAAGACUGAGGAAAGUUUGGAAGCGAACGGUGGUCUUCAUGUGUGUGUUGGUUUUCUUCCGUGUAAUGUCCGAGUCGAAGGACAAGCUUUUGGGCGAACUUCACGCCAAGGAAACAAGGGGACGGCUCAAUUGAUCAUUCGGCGAAGCGAAGUCGACGAACUUGGACUAACUGAUCCGGGUUUUAGCGAAAUCAAGCGGGAACGAGAUGCGCUUGAAUCCAAAAGGUUGGAACAAAUCAACAACUCACUGGUCAAAGAACUGAACUUUAAGGACAAACUGUUCAAAAAGUUUUCAGUUUUUUACACAAACUUGAGAAAGAGUGAUAGUUCGCGCGAAUUUGGAUUUGUCCUCCAGGACUUGAAGGAAUUUUGGGCGUUUUGGUUGGAGAAGAAAAACUUUAAUAUUGACAACAUCCAAAGUACGAACGAGGACAAAGAGUUUGGGGAAUUUGUGAAAAAAGCUGGACCUAUUGCUGAUGGAAUCAUAAGUCACAACCCGUUUUACUGUGUGGCCUUGGCUGAUUGUUACUUAGAAGAUGAGAAAAACCAACAAGCGAAAAACGAGUUGCAUCGUGCCAUUGAAUUAGGGGGGCCAAACAAUUUCGAUUUGUUGGCAGGUGUUUAUUUGAAACUUUUCGAAAUUGCCAUUUCCGAAGGUGAACAAAUUAAAGAACGGUUCAAAAAGGCUGUAGCCAACAUUUUCUUCAUCAAGCUCCACAAGAACGAGAAGUAUAAAGAAGAAGCGGCCAAUUGGUUGAAUCGGGCCAAAGGAGCGAUACAGAAAGAAAUUGACUACAUCCAGACGCAUCUUACCCAGGAUGAUUUUAAUGCAAUUUUGCACCAAAAUCUCAGUCAGAAUCUGCUCGUCAAACACUUGUAUUCUCGUCAACAUUGCCUCAGUUUGCAUGCUGCUAACAUUGAUAAUCUUUUGGACGAUCUGGCAAAGGGUUCGGGACUUGACUUUGCCGGAAGUGCGGAAACAACACUAGAAAACCUAGCAAGCAUUUCGAAAAAUCCCGACUUGACCCAGUUUAUCACACUCUGUGAACUAACCGAGUUGCAUUCCAUUGGACUUGAUACAGUUUACUGUUUGAGAGAAAUUCAUGAUGUUCCAGAUGCUGUUAUAAAAGCAGCUCAAGGCCAGAUUAUUGCAGGAAUUGCAGCACUUGGUGUUGGACUUGCCUUUCUUCCAAUUUUUCCACUCAUGUCCAACAUAGCGGGUACCCUUAUUUCCGAAGGAGUGAUCGACAUUGUGAUGCAACUUUUGACCCAAGGUAACACGGAAUUUAACGAAGCCGAUUUCCGCAAAGGCAAGUUUGUUUCGUACGGAAUCAGCUUGCUAACAUUUGGAGUGAGUGCUGUUACUCAGUCGGUCAGAAUUCUAUCCAAAGCUGUAAGCUUUUGCCGAAAACUGUCAUCGUUUCUGCGGAGAAGCACGUAUUUGCAAAAAGUUUGUACGAAACUUGCCAAAAUUGUCGACCGACUUGGAGACUGUUUGGAGAAGUUGGUAACAGUGGCCAAGUUUAAUAAAAUGACGAAGAUUGAACAACUGGAUGAGUUGUUGAAGUUGAAAGGAAGCGACCCAAAAAUGUUUGAAAAAUUGGGUGGGGUAACAAAAUUAGGGGAACUACAGAACGUUAGUAAACUUAAGGAGUUAAGUCGGUGUAAGCUGUUGGUGAAUUUUGCCAAAGAAGUAGCUUGGGAUACAUCGAAGUCAAUUGCAAAAUCAAUUAUUAAGGAAAAGGUCGUCAAGCCUUUGAUUUCCCAAAUGUUUGAAGUGGUUUUUGACUGGAUUAAGCAUAAGGUCAAGAAACAUUUGGCCGAUUCCAUUAGAAAAAAUCAUGGCCUUGUGGAAAAAAUUCGGACAGUGCCCAAAGAAACAAUCGAUGACAUCGUUGAUGAGUUCAUAACCAGUGACAAUGAAGUUACAACCGUACUGAAAGAAAUCGGAUUCGGAAUUUUGGGAGAAGUGAACAAUACAGUCGUUGACGUUUUCACCCAAACUUACGACAAUGCAGAAAAUCUUGCAAAAUUAAUAAAGUGCGUCACAAAGUUUGUCUCUUAUCUCGAUUCUAAUUUGAAGAUUGGUGACAAUAAUAAUGACGUUAAUGUGGUCAUUGAAGAAAUUUGUUCAACAGUUGGCGAUCAAAUGGCCUCUUUGUGUUUUGAUAUUGUUGGUAGUAACGUCCAGUGGAUCAAAGAUCAUAAUUUUGAUAAGGAAGACGCUUAUUCGCUUCUAGGACUUGAUUCUGAUGCUUUGGAAACUGAAGUGAAGAAGAAGUUUAGAGAAAAAGUCUUGGAGCUGCACCUCGACAAUAAUCUUGAUGAUUCAAUUGUGGAAAAACGCUUUCAGAUUUUCAAAAAUGCUUAUGCGGAAAUUUUGAGUAAAUGUGCUGUGACUUUGUAAAUUAAAUAAAUAUGUACCACAUUUUCGAUAUUUGGUAAAAAUAACUUAA